AUGACUAGAAUGGCUUUCCCUUUUCAAGUCUCUGAGCAUGUUAUUGAUGCUCAACAUGUCCGAGACUCAGCGCAGGCAACAGCAACACCGGACGCCAAGCUGAAGCUUUGCAUUAAACAGUAUACACCGCUAGACAAUAUUAACCCCCAGCCUGGAGACAUAACUAUCAUUGGUACACAUGGCACAGGGUUUCCCAAGGAACUAUACGAGCCUCUAUGGGAAGAAUUGCUGGCUCGUGCAAACACAGAAGGUUUCCGGAUUCGCUCUAUCUGGAUUGCAGACUGCGUGAACCAAGGCGCCAGUGGUAUCCUCAAUGAGAAGCAGUUAGGAAGUGAUCUAUCGUGGGCUGAUCUCAGCCGCGACUUGAUCCAUAUGGUCAACCACUUCCGUGACCAGAUGCCACAGCCUAUUAUGGGCAUAGGACAUAGUCUCGGUGCAACACAGCUGUGCGUACCCCUUUUCCAUAGCCAAGGACCACAACUCACACUAUCUAGCAUUUUUGCCUCCUUGAUGCACCCACGCUUACUAUCCUCCAUUAUCUUGAUUGAACCAUACAUCGCUGUAGCACCUCGCAUCAAAGAGGGUAGCAAGAUGAUGGCAUUAGCAACAUUCAGACGAGACACCUGGCAUUCGCACGCCGAAGCUGUUCAAAAAGCCCGCAAAGUCUUCAAAACCUGGGACGUGCGCGUACUACAAAGGUGGGCGCAAUUCGCAUAUCGCGAGCUCCCCACGGUCAUCCAUCCAUCCUUGCAGCCAGGCUCGGUUACGCUAGCAACUUCGAAACACCAAGAGCUGGUGACAUACACGUACAUUCGUCCUCGGGUACAUAAGCCCGUCAUCCUCCCCGGAGAGAAGAUCGACCAGGGCGCUAUAGAUGCACUGCCGAAACGACAGAUCUAUAGAUCUGAGCCACUUCUGGCAAUGAAAUUGAUACCGCAUGUCGCUCCUUCGGUGCUCAUUGUCAGUGGAGCAACCAGUAGUCUUUACAAGGAUGGAUCUCAUGCGAGUGGUGCGCGUGCUGCAGGAACCGAGUUUGGGGGUAAUGGGGGGAUGGACGUUGGGGAAGUUCGACAUGAGGUGAUCGAGGAGGCGGGUCACAGUGUGCCGUUUGAGAAGAUUGCGGCCACUGCCUCGGUGGCAGCAUCGUGGAUUGCAUGCAGUAUGCGGAAGUGGCAGGAUAGUCAGGACAAGCUGGUAAAGGAGUGGGGAGGGCUUUCAUUGAAAGAAAAGACCACGUUCCCGAGGGAAUGGCUGGAGCUUGCUGGUAAUCUACCAGGCUUCAAGGAACGCCCAAGGCUUUAA